UCUCAAAAACUAAGAGUUGUCCAGGAAAAGGGGUAGCAUAUCUAGGAUCCUCGUUAAAUUCCCCAUCGAUUGAUGCAUUCCGUUUUCUUGUAAACCAGCCCCAGGAAAAGUGACCUGUUUUGCUAUGUUUAUGAAAAAGGGUUACGACUAAAUCAAAAGAAGCAGCUGGUCUUAUUUCGAUAAGUCCAAAUGAUCAAACGCGGAUUCUUGAACAAAGAUAAGUUGCAGUUGUAUUUUUGGAAGUUUAUAUAUAUGCGUAACUCACCCUGGUUAAAAAGCACUACUUCAAAAUGACUACUACUGUUCAAAUGCCAACUAGUUUUCGUGAAUUCUAUUCUAUUAUUAAUGAUAACAAGAAGCUUCCUAUGUUUGUGCGUGAACAAAAACUUGUAUUAGAAAGUGAAGAUCAUCAAUGUCCGAAAGGUGGAUCGGAAAUGAGAGACGGUAAACCUCAAAAGACUUUAAAGGAUGAAAAAAUGAACGUGGCUGAACAGAUGGGUGGUAUUGGUGAAGUGGUGCAGACUGAUGAAUCACUGUUUCGGGGUAAACAAAAUGGAUAUGAAGUUCGGUUUUUCCAUGUACAACGUCGUGAUCGUGCAACAUUAGUUCCGAUUAUACUCAAGCAUGUUGCACCUGGAACAACCGUAUGGUCCGAUGAAUGGGGUGCAUAUAAAAACUUAAAAACGCAGUAUGGGUAUGAUAAUCAAACAGUCAACCACAGUCAAAAUUUUGUUGACCCGCACACUGGCUGUCAUACACAAUUAAUCGAAUGCUUGUCGAAAACAAAAAUUUUGAGAGCCAUGCGCGGUUUAACAUUACUCGAUAGUCAUUUAAACGAAUUAUGGUAUCGCUCAGUGCACAAAGACAUGUUUUCAUUGAUAUUAGCAGACAUUCGUCGUUUUCGUAUGUAA